AUGACUCUGUCAUAUUAUAGUAAGCCUUUAGAAGAAAGUAUGGCUUUACGGGAUAUUAGAAUUCUUGUUGCAAUAGACUUUGGACGCGUACGUUCACAAAAAAAACCCCUGAAAGUGUUGUUGCCAGGACGACAAGGUAAUCCUAAAACAUCUACAGCACUUCUACAUGAUAAGGAAUAUAGGAACGUUAUAUGCUGGGGAUAUUCAGCAUUGGAAGAAGAACCUGAUGAAGAAUUGGAUGAUCCGGAAGAACGGAAUGAAAAACCUUGGUUACCCGGCCAAUUGACUUACAAACAAGCCAUUGUGGAUUAUUUAACUCAAAUGAGGAAAUUAAUCAAAGAAACUCUUGAGACACGAUGGCCUACUAUCAAGUUUCCUCAACAAGUUGAUCUCGUAUUUACAAUUCCUGCUGAGUGGUACCCUCCAAAUACAACCAUAAUCAUGAGAGAAUGUGCAUAUAACGCAGGAUUAUUGACCUCCCUUGCUUCAAACAACAUCGAAUUUACUACGGAACCCGAGGCUGCAGCACUUCACUGUCUUAAAGUCGUAAAGGAAAAUAACUUAAACCAGGGGGUAUAUUCCUUCUUGGUAGCUGAUUGUGGUGGUGGUACAGUAGAUUUAACAUCACGAAAACUUCUUCCAGACAACAAAAAAGUAGGAUUUAAAGCUUUGGAAAGUUUAAAAUCAAAUAAUUACGGACAAAUGCAAUUUUUAGUACAAAGAUUUUUUUGUCAAC